UUCAAGGAAUGAGGGAUGCGUUUAACAGUGGAAAAACAAGGCCAAUAGAAUGGAGAAUCCGACAAUUAAAACAAAUUGUAAAAAUGCUGAAGGAAACCACCUCAGAUAUUUUUGCAGUACUAGCAUCAGACUUGCGCAGACAUAAAUUUGAAACGUUUAUAUUGGAAAUUGAUUACACGGUCCAAGAGAUUGAAUACACGAUUGCGCAUCUUAAGGAGUGGUCGGUAACAGAGAAACCGUCUAAGGGAUUGGCGUACCUUUUUGAUUCGGUGGAAAUUCGGAAUGAUCCUUAUGGAGUUGUACUAAUCAUUGGUCCAUGGAAUUAUCCUCUUCAAUUGGCCUUGGUACCUGUAAUAGGCGCCAUUGCUGCUGGAAAUUGCGUGGUUUUGAAACCAUCUGAGGUAUCAUUAGCUACGGCGAAAUAUCUGAAGGAAACUCUUCCGAAAUAUGUGGACACGGAAUGUUUCCAUACAGUACUGGGUGGUAUUCCAGAAACGACAGAAUUACUCAAACAACGUUUUGAUUACAUUUUUUACACCGGAUCCUCCGUAGUUGGAAGAAUCAUACAAAACGCUGCUAAUAAGUAUCUCACGCCUGUUACAUUAGAGUUGGGUGGUAAAAGUCCUGUAUACAUAGACAACACAGUAGAUAUGCCGAUGGCGGUGAAACGCGUCUUGUGGGGUAAAUGUAUCAACGUUGGUCAAACUUGCAUCGCGCCCGAUUACGUUUUGUGUACACCUGAGGUACAGGAAAAAUUUGUUCAGGAAGCUAAAAUGACUAUAAAGGAAUGGUAUGGUGAAAAUCCACAGGAAAGUAUCGAUUUAACACGCGUGAUUGCGGAAAAACAAUAUCAACGACUUGUCAGUUAUUUAAGUGGCAAUGGGAAGAUUGCUGUUGGUGGCGAUGUAAAUCCUACAGAAAAGUAUAUUUCGCCCACAAUACUCAUCGAUGUGAAACCAACGGAUCCCAUCAUGCAAGAGGAGAUAUUUGGACCGAUACUGCCCAUAAUAAAUAUUAACAAUGCGUACGAAGCCAUUAAAUUCAUUAAUGACGGUGAAUGUCCACUAGUACUGUACGUAUUUUCCAAGAGCAAGAGAGUGCAAGAUUUAUUUGUGGACCAGAUCCGCUGCGGAUCCGUGUGCAUCAAUGACACGAUAAUGCACUUUGGCGUUGAAACUCUACCCUUUGGAGGAGUAGGAAAUUCCGGUAUAGGAGCCUAUCAUGGAAAAUAUACAUAUGACACGUUCACACACAAAAAAGGUUGCUUGAUCCGAAAUUACAACAAGAUCGCAGAAUUUUUAGCCAAAAAUCGUUUUCCGCCCUAUUCCGAUACGAAGAUGAAGAUACUUAGAUUACUUCUUGCAAGAAGACGUAUACCUGGUAAAAAAUAUUUGCCGUAUCUGUUGGCAUUUGGUGUUGGAGUGCUCAUCACAAUCGGAUUCAAAGCUAUAUUAAAGGUACAAAAACGGAUUUCUGCUUAAAUUGUACAUAAUUCA